AUGUCAUACACCGCAGACCAACAAGAACGUUCGCACCAUGUCGUGCCCUUACCCAAGCUGACAGUGCUGCAGUACGGCUUCAGCAUCGGCAAGGACGUCCGCACGAUGGACUACUGCCAUGACAACUACACCGCAUACAUCGAAGGUGUGCAGGAAGACUUAGCAGCAGGAGAUGCGCCACUGCCUGCAGAAGAGUCUAUUGGCUUCCUGGAGACAAUCCUGGAAGCUGGGCUUCAGGUUAAGAAGAAUCUUCUUUUUGAUAAAGAAAUCUUGCCUGUGAUGCGAAGCGUUUACCGGGAGGUCGAUGACCAGGUCGGGGUGUCUACCCAGUCUACGGAGAUUGAGAGGGGGUUAACUUGUAUGCACCUGAUUGAGAUGGGCGUCAGGCAGGAGAUUGCAAGGCUGUGUAGUUAG